UCAUUGAGCCCAUAAAUCGAGAGCAUGAGACUGAGGAGUGAGGAAUCAAACUCAGUUUCAAACUCCCUUAAUAGAGAGAGAAGAAGACGACCGUGUGUGUGACGGGAGCCACCGGUUUCAUAGCUUCAUGGCUUGUCAAGUUCUCGCUCCAACGUGGGUACACUGUCAAAGCCUCUUUUCGUGACCUCAAUGAACCAAAGAAGACAGAACACUUACUUGCACUUGAUGGGGCUAAGGAUAGACUUCACUUGUUUAAAGCAAACCUACUAGAAGAAGGUUCCUUUGAUGCAGUGGUUGAUGGGUGUGAAGGUGUUUAUCAUACAGCAUCUCCAUUUUACUAUGCGGCCAUGGAUCCACAGGUAGAAUUAAUUGAUCCUGCCCUAAAUGGAACCCUAAAUGUUCUGGGGUCUUGUGCCAGAGCCCCUUCUGUUAAAAGAGUGAUUUUGACGUCUUCUAUAGCUGCAGUUUUAUACAAUGGAAAGCCUCGGACUCCUGAUGUGAUCACUGAUGAGACUUGGUGGUCUGAUCUGGAGGUUGGCAAGGAAAUGAAGCUUUGGUAUGCGCUUUCGAAGACUUUGGCUGAGGAUGCUGCCUGGAAAUUUGCAACAGAGAAAGGUAUUCACAUGGUUGCAGUAAACCCAGCAAUGGCCAUUGGUCCUCUGUUACAGCCAACACUUAAUACGAGUCCUGCUGCAAUUUUGAACUUAAUAAAUGGAGCACAAACAUAUCCAAAUGCUAGCUUUGGGUGGGUUAAUGUCAAAGAUGUUGCUAUGCACAUAUUCAGGCAUUUGAAGUUCCUUCGGCAAGUGGAAGAUACUGUUUGGUCGAGAAAGUUGCACAUUAUUCAGAAAUUGUGAAGAUAUUACACGAGUUGUAUCCUUCUUUUCAACUUCCAGAAAAGUGUGCAGAUGACAAGCCUUUCGUGCCAACAUACCAAGUCUCCAAAGAAAGAGCAAAAAGCUUGGGUAUUAACUUCACCUCCCUUGAGGAUAGCAUCAAGGAAACUGUGAAAAACUUGAAGGAGAAGAAUUUUAUUUGAAUCUCAGCAGCCAUGGGAAAGGUUUUUCCAAUAAAUUGACAAAUAAUGAGGGCAAACUGUAUGGCUUGGCCCAACUUAGUUUUUAGUAGUAUGAGCUUUUAGGAACUUAUUCUUGCUUUAUGCCAUGAACACUUUCAGGUGCAUUUGGCAUUUAUGGUGUUGUGUAAUGUAUGAACUACUAAAUAAAAGAGUGGCAAGAAAUG